AUGACUGCUGUGGCAUCUCCACCUAGUGUACAAUCGGGGUCUCGCUUGGGAUGGUACAGUUCUGGUAACGGAGGUCAAGGAGCCCUGUCUUCAGUGAACGCGGACGACGUCUCACGAAUGUUCAUGCCACGGAAGCACGUUCAGCGAUCGAACUCCUCUUCCUCUCUCGGGUCGAACUCGUCGACCACCUCCACAGCCACCGUAACAGCUUCCCCACAGGAAACGAAUACCGCUCAGAGUUCCGCCAACGAAUCAGGAACUUGGUCAUCAAAAAAGAAGUCAGCCAAACAUCCCUGGCCGAGCUCCAAGUCAGAGCCGGUAUCAGGGGUAACGAACGCGCGAUCCCAGGCAGUGCCUGCGUUUUCGUCGGGACCCAGCGCAUCCUCGACAAUGUCUGCGAUGCACCAGCCUUCAAACAUCGUCCCAUCCCAACAUAUGCCUUCUUCCUCGCAACAGAAUGGCGUCCGUGCGUCAAACGGACAAUCCCCCGAGUCUCCGGCCAUCCUGAUACUUGUUCCUAUGAAUGGCACAUUUGACAGAAAACAAAUCAAUGUGCCUUAUUACCCCGAGGUCUUACGGAUCGGACGCCAAACAAACGCCAAAACGGUGCCCACAUCUGUCAAUGGAUAUUUCGACUCUAAAGUUCUCUCCCGACAGCAUGCCGAACUGUGGGCCGACAAGUCCGGCAAAAUCUGGAUUCGCGAUGUCAAAUCCUCGAACGGUACCUUUGUGAACGGCCAGAGACUAUCCCCCGAGAACCGAGAAUCAGAGCCACACGAGGUUCGCGAAAGUGAUACACUGGAACUUGGUAUCGAUAUCGUUAGCGAGGACCAGAACACUAUUGUACACCACAAAGUCUCGGCCAAAGUUGAACAUGCCGGCUUCUAUGGCUCCACCCCAAGUAUCCUCGACCUGAACUUUGGUGACUUGGACCCUGCUUCCGGGGGUGGCCUCUUGCCUUCUCCUUUGAGCCAGCCUCUCUCCCACAUGCGUGGCCGAGCUGGAAGCAACGCCAGCACCCGAAGCACCCAGAGUAUGGCCAGCACCCAGGCCAACGCUUUGCAUCAACAACGACAGAUGAACUACUGGAACUCGCCCAUCUCUAUUGAACAGGUUGUCAAGCGGCUUACCGGCGAAUUAAAAGCUGCAAAACAACAAACGACAGACCUUACCCAGAGUGAUGAUUUCUUGACGACGAUCAUGAAACCGGGUUACGCAGAGAAAGAAAAGAUGAUGAAGCCAUCCCCUCUGGAAGGCAGUGCUGCUCACCGGCAAUUAAAUGGACGACCCAAAAUGCCGCGCGUUGACUCCUUCUCAAGGUUCUCGGAACCUCCUGCCCCUCCUCCCCAACAGCCUCUUCCAGAAAAGCCUGACGCGCUCUCUCGGAGUGCAUCGGAGUCUUUCUCCUCUUUGAAACGCAGUGAUACAGAAAAGCCAAAGGGCGGAACUGGUUCCCCCGUGUCACGCGAUUCUAGUCAAAUUUUGUCGCUGAUCGAGGCCCUUUCCUCUGCCAAACGAGAAAUUGAUACCCAAGGAACCCGGGUCAAAGAGCUUGAGGGCAUGCUCUUGGAAGAGCAAGCAGCUCGCAAAUUGGCCGAGGAGAGAAUCAAUGAGUUGGAAACACGUCCCGCGGUCGAGAACAAAGAAGUAGUCACAAAUGGCACCGUCGCGUCUCCAGAGAACGGUGUCGAUGAUGAAGUGAAUAAGGAAGCAGAAGAUGCCGUGCAGGUCAACGGCAUCCACCCCACAGAAGCACCCGUUCCAGGAGAACCACAGGCAGAAGUUCCCGUGGAGGACAAGACUGCCGAGCUUCAAGCUCGCUUCGAUGCCAUGAUGGAAGAAAUGGCAGAGAUGAAAAAGCAAAUGGCAUCUUUCAAGGGCCGCGCAGAACAAGCUGAGGAUAGCACCACUCAGGCUCGCACAUCAUUGGCAGAGAUGGUGGAAACUUUACGCAAGGAACGAGCCGAAAAGGCGUCCGCCGAAGCAGCUGCCAGCAAAGCUGCUACGCAUGACCAUGACUCUACCAAGGCCCUUCCAGCCCCCGUUGGAUCAUCGGCCCCAAGUGAGAGCUCAACGGAUUCAAAGACAAAAACUUCACCCGAGCAAUCUUCGGAUUCAGUCCACUUGCGAAACAAGGAGGUUGAUAUUGCUGUUGCGAACGCCCUCGCUACCCAGCAGCAACGGCUAAACUAUGUGGAAGAAGCAAGCCCGUAUGCUUCCAUCUUUGGUGUGGUACUGCUUGGCGUGGGCCUAAUGGCCUAUCUCAAUGGUUGGCAAAAGAUGGACAAAUAA